UCAAAUGUGAAUGAUUCUAUACCUCCGACACGAUCAAACAAACUUGACAUAGAUUCACUUUCAUUCAAGCAACACCGACAUAUUCGUUCUAGAAAUACUGUAUUCAUUUUGAAAUUUGCGAUUAUUUUACAAAAACAGUCGAUCUCUAAUUUUAAGCUAAUAAAAAAAAUGAGAGAGAGAGAUUUGAUAAGAUGUUCACAAUGUAAACAAUAGACGCGAUGGAUUAGAAGAGAGAAACAAAUUACUUGACAGCUCCGUAAAACGUCAAACGAACAUCUGUUUCGGGGUGCGUUCCUAUACAUUGCAAGCAGGAAGUGUCAGUUUAAUUGUGUUCGACAAGCUUAGACAUUUGCCGCAAAUUAUUGUUAACACUGACAAUGUACUAGCGAUAAAAAAAGACGCAAAAGACACUCGACGGUUCACGACGGUUCAAAAAGACAGUCAGUUUUGCAUUGGGCCAACGAAGAAAAUAAUUUUGUAACGUAAAAGGUUUAUUAAUGUCAAAGCGAACAGAAGAUAAGACACAAAACAAGCUAUAUCAUUGGAUUUUUGUGGUACGAUUCAAUCAAAGCCUCUCUGCUGUCAACAAGUUGGAGAUACGAUCAUCACCGUUCAAACAAUUGCAUUUGUUCCAUGAUGGAUCAACAGAAUGUCAUAGCUGCUGAAAAUCCACAACAAAACGUUGAGCAGGACCAAAAUCAAUUGGCCGUGGAUAAUCCAAUUCCACCAAACGUUGAAUCUCCACCAUCGGUUUUCAAAUUAGAUGCGGAUUGCUGGGAUGAGGUGUUUGAUUUGCUGUCAACUGAAGAGGUGCAUUCAUUUGGUCAAACAUGUAAAACCUUUCAAUGUGUCACCGGCAAAUAUUUCCAAUGGAAAUAUCCAGCAUUUUCCAUAUGGUGUUACAUUGAUGGUUCUGUGGCAGAUAACAUUCCGGAUUUUAUUCAAUUCGCACAGACCAUUGAAUUGGAUAGUUACGAUGUGUUGGACGAGCACUUUGUGUCUGAUUGCAAAGCACUAAAGCAUGCGCGUUUGGUAAAUUCUAGCCUAACUCAACAAUCUAUUGAGCUGCUGAAACCGGUUCUACCGAAUCUGGCAACAUUUGAUAUCAACGAUUGCGUUGUCGAUGGUGAUAUUUAUGCAAAUGUCCUAAAACAUUGUGUGCAAUUGAAGAGUCUCAAAAUUCAUGAUGACUUUCAUGAAGAAUGUUUAUCGCAAAAAUAUCCGGUACUCGAGCAGAUACACAUAACUACAAACAAACCCUUUGCAAACGAUGAAUUGAAUGGAUUUUUCAAAUCAAAUCCAACAGUGCGCCAUCUCAUAACCGACGCAGAUUCAAUUUGGGUUAAUCGACGCUCCAUGCUUGAAUCCAAUGCCAAGUUGGAUGAUUUAACCAUUGAAAAUAUAACGGAUAUGAAUGAAGGAUUCUACGCUACUUUGAAUGAUCUGCACCAACGCCGUUUUUACAAACGAUUGCAUGUCAACGCAUACCAAAGCCUAUCGGAAGACCAAAUAGCUGCAUUGAGCGGUCUUGUUACCCUGUACGUUGGAGAUGAUGUUAAGCUACCACCGUUGACUACACUGAAGGAACUUGGUUUGAAUGUCAACUUGAGCAAAUUAUGCAGUGAAGGAUUUAAUGUGCACGAAAUUCCAAGUCUUUGCAUUAAUUUAGAACGAUUGGUCAUUAAUAAGACAUCUGUUCGUGAUAUUUGGCCGUUUAUUCGUUAUUCACGGAAUUUGACAGAGAUCGACGUCAUACACUUCGAAGAAAAUUCACUUGAUAUAUCUGCACUGAAUAAUGUACGGAAAAAACUGGAGGGAGCUCGAAAAGUGAUAAUCUACGUCAAGGAAGAGGUUUAUUUGACGACCAGGUGGGAAUCGAAGGGACUUAAUUUCAAUUUGAUCGAAAUACAACGUCAUGAUUCGCAUACAUCAAAACAAGCACACGGCUUAAGAUACAAGCUCAACUAUUGAUAGUCUCUCUCAUCAUUUCCUGAUUGAUUUUCAAAAAAAAUUAAUUAAAUACUAGCUGUAAGCAAAAAGCAAAAUUGAAGCUGUAAAUUAGGAAAAAAUGAUAAAAAUCCGAUUGAGUUUCAGUUAAUUUGAUUAAAGUUGUAUUCUUUAUUUCAUUUCUUUUGAUUUUUUUGAUUUGAAUAAUAAUUGAUACAAUUUCAUUUAAGAAUCUACACAAAA